AACGGUCGCGGACGUUCUCCGCAAUUUUGACGAUAGAAUCUUGAGUUUGGAGGACUACGUGGGCGUGUAGCUCGAGUAUCACGCGGGGACGACAGAUGGCGAGACUAGUUCGAAUAAUUUGUUCAUGGGCGCGGUCGACGAUCUAAUCGUUCGCGUACUUCGUGGCUACGGGCGAGACAUCCAGAGACAUGUCAAAAUGGCGUCUUCUCAGGACGCCUGGUAUCUCUCGCUUCUUGGCUUGGCGGAGAAUUUCCGCACGUCUAGUCCUCCAAACAUCAAAUCGUGUAUACAGUGCCUACAGGCAGUUUUCAACUUUAAACCGCCACCGAGAGUCGAGGCUCGCACGCAUCUACAACUUGGAAAUAUCCUCUUGACUCACACGAAAAAUGUCGACUUGGCUCGAUCUCACCUGGAGCAGGCAUGGAGACUCAGUGAAAACUUAAAUACGUUUGACGAUGUCAAGUUUGAAGCAGCUAGUGUCAUCGUCGAGUUGUACGAACAACAACAGCAAUCGAAUCUCAGCAUGCCCAUUUUAAGACGAGCGAUAGAAUUAUCUCAAUCCAAUGUCUAUUGGCACUGCAGAUUGAUUUUUCAGCUUGCCCAAAUACACGCAUCGGAGAAAGAUUACGUGGCGGCGAGCAGUUUACUCGCGGUCGGUGUCGAUUAUUCGCAUAUAAGCAAUGCCAACUACACGAGGGUUUUAUUUUUACUGAGCCGUUGUAUGCUCUUGCUAGUAGAGAAAAAGUACUCCGAGGUACACCCUUUACUCGGCACUGCCGGGCAUCACGUCGAAAAUUGGCAAGGUAGCGUGCAUCAGAAGGAAUAUCUGAAGGUGUACUUCUUAGUUCUGCAAGUGUGUCAUUUUCUCAUGGUUGGCCAGGUGAAGAGUGUAAAACCUUACCUGAAGCAACUACAACAAAGCAUACAGACGAUAAUGUCUCCAAAUUGGCCAGCGGACGAAGUGGUAGCAGGUUCUAAUUUUGGAGAUAUGUUCAUAUGGAUGCCGAAAGAACAUCUCUACGUUUUGGUAUACCUGGUAACCGUUAUGCACUCCAUGCAAGCUGGUUACAUGGAAAAGGCUCAAAAAUACACCGACAAGGCUCUCACGCAGAUUGAAAAGCUCAAAAUUGUUGACAACAAACCGAUACUUUCCGUCUUCAAAUUGAUGUUGCUAGAGCAUAUCGUAAUGUGUCGGCUAGUUAUGGGAAAUAAGAGUUUGGCCCUUGCGGAAAUAUCCCAAGCAUGUCAGUUAUGCAGGAGGCAGCCAAGACUGCUGCAAGGUCACCGACCGCAAUUACACGUCCUACUAGGCCUUUAUGCCAUGUCCAUGAAUUGCAUGGAGGCUGCCGAAUCUCAGUUCACUGCCGCAUUAAAAACUUCCCAGGAACGAGAGCUCUGGACGUUCGCCAAUUUGAAUUUGGCGAUAGUUUAUCUUAGGACAAAAAGGGAUGCAGAGUUGGGUGCUCUUUUGGAGAGGAUAAAUCCUGAAUCGCUGACCUCUCAUUCGCAUUCUCUCCAAGCUGCCGCCUAUUACGUUCAAGGGUUGCAGGCCUUCUUCGGUGCUCGAUACAACGAAGCAAAAAGGUACCUGAGGGAAACGUUAAAAAUGGCCAACUCCGAAGAUUUGGACAGACUGACGUCUUGCAGUUUGGUUCUACUCGGCCACAUAUUCCUCUCUCUCGGUAACAGCAGGGAAUCCAUGAAUAUGGUGACACCGGCCAUGCAAUUAGCUUCCAAGAUACCGGACAUGCACGUGCAACUGUGGGCCAGUGCGAUACUUAAAGACCUCUACAGGAUAUGUGGAGAUCCCAAUCGAGAGAGCGAAGCCUACCAGAUGCACUGCAAUUUCUCUCAGAUGCUUCUCAAGGAUCACUUCCAGAGUUCGCAGAUGGCUGAGCACUCUCUUAUUCAGUGGAUAGAUGGACCGAUCCCUACCCUGCCCAGCAAUCCACCACCGUCUACUUCUCAGGCUAUUAUGUAACCUGGUACAAAAUUAUUUUCCGUCUAUCUGGACCAAACACGGAAACCUUUGCGGUCGAUGUUGUCCUUCAUCGAAGACGAAGGGCUCGCAGAAUAAAUCGAGGGCCUUGGUGGAUUAUCCAAUCGAGGUAUCGCCAUCGACAGAUAUCGGGAGAAUCUCUCUUGGUCAAAUGCGAGGAUUCCCAGGAGGAGCGUGAGGUUGCUUCCUUACAGUACGAAGCUUAGCGCGCCUCGGGGCAUUACAGUGAACGGUACGGACAGGAGGUACUUGAUUUUUCUUGUUCUUCAAAGCUCUUAUCCUUGCGAGCUUUGAGCGGUAUGUUUCGAUUCAUGGCUUGUACGACAAAUACAAGUAUAGAUGUAAAUAAUUGCGAGGUAGUCACCGAUGGAUAUAUGGCUGGAUUAUUUUAUACAUCUUGGUAAUAAUAAGAGUGCAUGGGAAAUUCAAAUUAAGAGAUGUGCCUAAAAAAUUGGUGGAUCCUCGCAAUAAAUGCAGGUUUUGUAACAGGACAAACCGAUGGCACUUGUAACGAUAGGAUUACAGUUUAACGAGGUAUAGAGGAGCGUACGCUCUGUGGCAAUUUGAUAUCCUCAAACAGUGAUCGAUGAGGAAUUAAAUUUAAUUGUACAUCGUAAUUUCACGUUAAGCAUCACGUGCGUUAGGGUAAUUUUAAAUAAAAAUUAUCAAAAUCAGUCAGAUGACGUCAAGGGUCGGUUUUCCAUCAAUAGAACGUAUCGAUGCACUGUAAAAAGAUAUAGUCACGUUGUAAGAAAAAACACUUAAAAUAUACUCUACAUGAAUAUA